AUGGCGUCCCAGCAAAACCUCUUUUCGCCCGCCGAACUCGCAUAUCUGCACCAGUCGCUCUCUCUACAUCCUCCAAUCCGCCCCGAUGGACGCAGUCCGACACAGUUCCGUCCCCUAACAGCCGAGACGGGUGUUCUUCCUGGUACAAAUGGCAGCGCGCGCGUGCAUUUCGCCGAUGGUACAGAGGCUAUUGUAGGAGUUAAGGCUGAGAUUGAGAAGACUGGUGAAAGCGUAGAGCAGCAUGAUGAGGAAGACAGGACGAGAGGCGAUUGGCUUGAGCUGGCGGUGGAAAUCCCUGGACAGAGGGAUGAUGAGGCGUCAACAGUGUUCUUGGCUGAGAUGUUGAGAGAAGCGCUGCUGGCGGAUAACGAAUUCGCGAAGAAGUUGAGGAUUAACAAGAGGUUCCACUGGCGAUUAUAUCUUGACGUUCUUCUAAUAUCUCCUCCCCUGUCGUACCCUCUCCCGCUACUAUCCCUUACAACGCAUCUCGCUCUUCUGGCAACACGCCUCCCCCGUCUCAAGUCUGAGGGCGAUGAGGAUCCCAUGUUUGACGACGACUGGGAGGCCUCGACAUUCCUGUACCCCCGCGAUGGCGCUGAUGCAGCGGGCUCACGACCACCUAUUACGCUACUUGUCGUUGCGAUCAGCGACAACACCAUCUUUGACCCUGCAAAGGAGGAACUUGCUGUCGCAGAGACUGCCCUGGCCGUAUCCGUGGCCGAGGUCCGUCAUGUUAAGACAGAGGGUGAUAUGGAGGUCGACAAGGGUAGCCGAGAGCUUAAGCUGCUGUCAAUUCGAACUAUUGACCCCCCGUCGCGACUCACACCACCCGGAGUGCCGCAUACGACGAACAAUGGCGCUGGCAAGGGAGAAGUACAGACGGCUGAGGGUGUAUGGAAGGCACCGCUGGGUGGAACGAAGUUUGGAGUAAUGGAUAGCAUAAUACAGGCUGUGCUUGAGAAGGGAGGAGUUGUUGAUGAUGUCUUGGAUGGGUUGGAGGGUGUUGAACUCCUGUAA